CCUGACUCCCACCUCACGCACUCCCCUCCCUGUCUGCCCGGCUGUCUCUUCUCCCGGCCUCACAGUGGGAUGAUGUAGAUUUCUAUGAGGAUCUUGCAGCUUCUACUUGUGCUCCAUAUUGUUCUUCUUGAGCCCAGGGAAUGAUGGAAGCCAGUCUGCUGGAAGCUGUUUGGACUGAGAGGAUUUUUUAUUGAUGAGGAGGAGAAGAAUAUUGACUGGAAGUUGCGGGGUUGUUUUGUGAAUGUUUGCAGUGGAAUGGGCCUCCUAUACGGUCAGUAUCUGCUGCUCUGCGUGGCCGCCCUCACAGUUUCUGCAGCGUUUGCCAAAGAUGGAGGCAGCGAGGCCGACAGGUGGCCCAGGCAGAGCCUCCCGGUGCUGCUGGACACGCACACACAGCUUUUAAACACCCUGUCGUUCAAAGGGCAGGUGGAGGAUGAGGAGAAGGCAAGUGCAAAGACACUCUGUGGGAUCGAGUGUCAAGAAAAGUUACCACCUGUUGACCAGACGGAGCAAGAGAGGAUUCUGGGAUACGAGACAAUGUAUGAGAAUGGUACACGCACGCAUACCGAUAUCAGCUUGCAAGGUUUUGAUAACACGUCUGCAGGAAGGCCAGCCCACUCAGAGAUCCACACAAGAAGGAAACGACAGGUUUACGGAGCAGACGGACGCUUCGUGAUCUCCGACUCACAUUUUAUCACCAACUACCCGUUCUCCACCGCAGUUCGUCUCUCCACCGGAUGCUCCGGAGUCCUGGUGUCCCCAAAACACGUGCUGACAGCGGCACACUGCAUCCACGACGGCGCCGACUACCUAGAGAGUGCCAGGAGGCUCAGAGUAGGAGUGCUGCAGCUCAAAGCCAAAAGAAGAAGAGGAGGAAGGAGGAGAGGGGGGCGACAGAGGGGUGGGAGGAGAGGAGAGGAGAAGACGAUGGAGGAAGGUGAGGAGCAGAACAGUUUAGAUGGAGAUGUGGCAAGAGGCAGAAAUGGGAGACGCAGAGGAAGAAGGGUGGAAGGUCACAUGGAAGCUGAGGCUGGAAAUAUUGAAAGAGGAAGAAAACGAAAAGGCCUCAAGCGCGUUCGACGCAGCGUCCAACCCAGAAAGCAGCCCGUCUUCCGUUGGACUCGAGUUAAACAAACCCAAAUCCCUCAAGGAUGGAUCCACGGCAAGGACUCCACCAACUCGGCCUCUUCUGACUACGAUUACGCACUUCUGGAGCUAAAACGACAAGUCAAACAGAAGCCCAUGGCGCUCGGAGUGGCUCCAUCCACUGCUCCACUGGCACGGAUCCACUUCUCAGGCUACGACGCCGACAAAAGCCUGCUGGACGGGCGCGGAGAAGAGAAGGUGGUUUACCGUUUUUGCUCAGUGACAAAGGAGUCCGACAACCUGAUGUACCAGCGGUGCGACGCACAGCCCGGGGCGACAGGCGCUGGCGUUUAUGUCCGUCUGAGGCAGGAGGAGGGAGAUGAAGGCGGGAAAGGGAAGUGGCAGAGGAGGGUGAUCGGGGUGUUCUCGGGCCAUCGGUGGGUGGAGGUGGAGGGCGGUGAGCUGAGGGACUAUAACGUUGCCGUGAGGAUCACUCCGGCCAAGUACGCCCAGAUCUGCCACUGGAUCCACGGAGAUCCAAGUCUCUGUAAAGAGGUCUGAACUUCCAGAGCAAUGGAUCUACAACGAGAACAAGAUUUGACGUCACUUUUUAAAAGACUCUAAGAUCCCAGAACUGGUCUUAAGAAAGUUCUGUAGGUAUUUUUCUUAGGUGCUGACUGCAGGGUUUUCUAACUGUUGUAAAUCUAGGAUAUGGAUAGGACAUCCUCAAAAUGGCCUCCUUCAAGCACUGAAACAGCCAAUAGAGACGCCUCCAAACCAAACCUUGUCAUAUCUAAGCCUACCCAUCAUUUUCUGUAAUCAACAUUUCAACUGUCUCAUUAUGUGGCAAAAUACUAGAAGAAAAAGAAUUUUGAAUAUAUAUCUCCUGUACAGUUACACUAAAUAAUUUCAGUAAGUGCUUUUUGGGAUAUGCAUAAAUAUCGUAGUGAAUGUUGACCUGAAAAUAAAACAGUUUUCUCCCUUGUCAAAAUCGUUACCCACAAUUCCUCUCAACCUGCGACAGUUACACAGGUCAGAUUGUUGUUGUGUUAUUGGUGGACUAUGGAGGUCUGUUUCUUUGUGACUCAGCGACCCAACUUUAUUCCUUUAUAAUAAGUUUAAUUUAUAUUUUCUAAGUUGUGUUAUUCAUUAUCUUCCAUCUUUAGGAUUUUUGUAUUUCAUAGCUCAGCUAAGAUGGUAAGUACUGAACCUUUUAUGACCUACAAAAUGAAAAUAAGGGUAAAACACUCAUAAACACCAACAUCCGAACAACAAAUUGUAAUAUGUCGAUAAGACAAAGAUUACGACUUCCAUAAUUUCAGUUCAUGUAAAAGGAAAGACAACAUAUUAUUGCUGUGAGUGUGUAUUUGUGUGUAUACCGUCUUGUAUUGUCUUAUGUUUGAUACUUCACAACAAAUAAAAGUGUUGAAUUUGAAAGACCAA